CAAAAUUUAUUAUCAGCUGUUUGCAUACGCUGAGGAAAUGCUGGAAAAAUCAUUGGUAAUCUUUUCAUUCAUCAAAUUACAGUUCCAAGCCCAAGAAAUUCGAGUGGAAAACAGCUAAAUACAAGUUUCACAACGAAGAAUACUGGAUAAUUUUGCUAAAUAAGAGGCAAUACUGGCGCGCAAAGCGCAUGGAUGUUUAGUAAAGUCGCGUUUUCUAUAAAACAUUUUUUUAAAGUUGAAUACGUCACGAAUAUUGCUGUAUCUACUUGAAACAAUACGAUCUCGGAGAAAAAGCAUACAUUGUUUUUGAAGUUCUUAUAAGAUUUUUUGAAUGUACUAUUUUUUUUUGAAAAUAAGAUGAGUAUAAAAUCUGAUGUUGACUCAACUACAACUCCUUUUGAUGACAAUGAUGAUGAAAUUAUUAACUGGGAAGAGGAAGCAGCUGCUAUUAUACGAGAUGUUAAUCCACAUGUUGCACUAAUCGAAAUAUCUCGGCAAUUACCUAGCAACGAAAGUAAAGUGUACCUGAAUGUGCGUACCAUUGAGGGACAGGAAUAUUGCGUACAAGUAUCCAGUAUUGGUUUUCGUGUAGUUGCCAAUAAAUUUGACGAAAUCAACGUCAAUAACAACGAUGUAACCGAGGACGAGGAUGAGGUAUAUGAAACGCCUUAUGCGUUAUUGGAUAAAAUCAGCCCUAGUUAUGUGGAAUCAUUUGGCAACCAGCUGUGCAAGCAACUGUUGUCCGUGCAACAAAUGCGUACGCAAUUCAAUGAAGAAGACGAGGAGGGUGUCGAAGAGGAGGAUGAUAUCGGGUGUCCAAAAGCGUCAUAGUGCGAAUUUUAAUCUGCUUCUGACACCUGACGACUUAAGAAAAGCCAAAAGAGAUCCAACAACAAACUAACAGAAAUGUGAAAUACAAAUACAAAUUAGUCGUAAGCAAAUUUCCAUUUUAAUGUAUGCCUGUAAUUAUGCAUUUUAUGUAUGUAUGUUUUACUAAAUGAAUAACGUCCGUAUUUUUUGUAUGUAAUUUGAUGCGAUUAACUGGCUGGUUUGUACGUAUGUUGUUCCACAUAUGAAUCUAUAUAUAGUAUACUUAAAAUUUCAAGCGCUUCAAGAAUAAAGAUUGUGACUGCAAUUCAA